AUAGUUCAAAAUAUCAUUAGACAAGAACCAAGCACCGCAAAAGAUUUAUAUUAGUAACUAUUGAAUUAAUUUCAAUUUCUUAUUAUGGAGUGAAAUUUGCAAUCAAAAAACAGAAAUAAUUACAACACAGUACCUCAUAGCGCUAAUGGAAGCAAUUUCAGCUAAUCUCUGAAGGAUCAGAUAAUUGUAAGGAAGUAAUUAGACAUUAGGAUGCCGCAAGCGCCUCCUACAGGGCGAUCCUCUCGCCUCCCGCCCAUGCCUCCUCUGCGCCACGACAGCAGCAAGGGGACGCGCGAGAUGAUCGGGUUCGCGACGCUGCCUGAGCAGGUGCACCGCAAGACCGUCAAGCGCGGGUUCGAGUUCACGCUGCUGGUGGUGGGAGAGGCGGGACUCGGCAAGAGUACGCUUGUCAACAGCCUCUUCCUCACCGAGCUCUACAAGGACAGAAAAAACCCUCCUGUACAUGGGGCGAUCAAGAAGACAGUGGAGAUCGAGAAGAAAACGGUGGAGAUAGAGGAGAAAGGCGUCAAACUGCGACUCACCGUCGUGGAUACGCCAGGGUUCGGCGACGGCGUAGACUGCGGCGACGACUGGAAGAGUGUCGAGCGCUACGUAGACGAGCAGUUUAAUAAAUACUUCCAGGACGAGUCCGGCCUCAACAGAAGAAACAUUCAAGACCACAGAGUCCACUGCUGCUUGUACUUCGUUCCGCCUUACGGACAUGGGUUGCGACAGCUGGACGUGGAGUUCAUGAAGCGCCUGCACCGCAAGGUGAACAUCGUGCCUGUGGUGGCCAAGGCGGACACUCUCACCAAGGCGGAGAUCGCCAAACUCAAGGCUAACCUCCUGCGGGAUAUUGACACUCAUAAAAUAAAGAUCUACCAGUUCCCGGACUGCGACGAGGACGAGGACGAAGAGUUCCAGCAGCAGGACCGCGAGCUCAAGGCCUCCAUCCCCUUCGCCGUCAUCGGCAGUAAUUGCAUCAUCGAGAUCGCCGGCAGGAGGGUGCGGGGGCGCCAGUACCCCUGGGGCAUCGUAGAAGUGGAGAACGCGGCUCAUUGCGACUUCGUGAAGCUGCGGACGAUGUUAAUCUCGACGCACAUGCAGGAUAUGAAGGAGGUCACGCAGGAUAUUCACUAUGAGAACUUCCGAGCUCAGUGCAUCUCGCACAUGAACCAAGUCGCGCUCAAGGAGCGCAGCAAACUCAGGCGCGACAGCAUCAGCGCUGCAGACGUGAAGCGGCCUGUCGACGACCCGGGCAAGCUGCUCGAGCAAAAGGAUGAGGAGAUCCGUCGUAUGCAGGAGAUGUUGAGCCAAAUGCAGCAGCGGCUGCAGGGGCAGCACGACCCCCUCAACAAGCUGCCCCCCGCCAAGCCCCCCAAACCAUCGGCCCCCUCCUCGCUCAACAAAACCCCCCAGGGUAGUAGCUCCCGAGACUCCAUAAUUAAUGUAUAAAUCGCGUCUGUAUUCUUCGAGAAUUCGUGCGUGAAUGACUAAUUUAGAAUUUUUUUUGGACGUAAAAAAAUUUUGAGAACGAAAUCCUUGCCGAAACGAAAGCACUUGCAAAAAAAAUUCUUCGGGAAAGAAUAAGGAAUUAAUGAUGAAUGUUUUGUGAAAUUAGUUUAAAAACGCAAUUGAUUUUAAAUGCAAAAGUUGAUUUUCGCUCUGCACAUUCAUUUUGGUGGUGAAGGAUGUUCGUAUCGAAUGAUAAAGGUGCAGCAGGUAAAAUUUAUACGAAAAAUGCCGGAAUGGAAGAAGUGAAAGUCAUAAAAGUCAUUAAAAAGUCACAUUUUUCUAAUAGAAGUCCCAAUUUUGUACUGAUGUAAUCUUGUAAUAACAUGAAAAAAUUUGAGCUUUAUUGCGAUACAAUUCAUUAGAUAUUAGUUCAAUUAUUAGGUUUACCUCAUCUUAAUUUGUCUAUAUGAAUCUAUAUAUAUAUACUUGAAUAUAUUUGACUGCAAGCACAGAUUGCAUGCAAGCAAGAAUAUUAUGUUUUAUCCAAACUAAACAUUACAUUUGCUUUCAAGUUUACAUCGAACAUUCAAAUAACCUGAUUCAGUGAAGUCUAUUGCGUUGGUUUUUUCAUAAUUAAUCAGUUCAUUUUACAUUCAAAUUUACAAUUUCCAUCA